AGGUGUGUCGAGGGACAGAUACUGUCUAUCUUAUUUCAGUUAUUAUUUGUCGCUGCGUUGCGACUGUCCACUCUUUUCCUCCACGUUCAUUCCCCGGAAAGAAAAUCUUGAAAGAUGUUGUUUGAUACCCUGUUACUGUCUUUCUUUGCGCUUGCAAGUGUUGGCGGUGCCGCGCCCACGGGGAGAGAGGAGCUUGGAAAGAGGCAGGCACCUGCGGGUGUGCCCGACUAUGUGCUGAAAUAUGCUCCCCUGAUAUACCUCCAUUCCUCAGAGCAAUACUUCCCAACCGACCUCAGCAGCUUUCUCGCCAACACUGUGCCAAAGAACCCCUCCUUCCAGCCCACUCCGAACGCUCCAUCUCCAGUUACGCUGAACAAUGUGAACCAACUACCGUCCGACACCUACCUCACCUCCAAAGAUGAAAUUAGCGAAAACCCAGCCGCUGCCUGGCUGAAGGGAACCAAGCCCGACUCGAAUGGAAAGACGCAAGGCGCGGUCCCAGCAGCUGUAAUCGUUGCGGAUAAAGGAGACGGUGUUGUGGAUGCGUUCUACAUGUUCUUCUAUGCUUACAAUUAUGGAGGAAAUGUGUUGCGCAUCAAGCAGUUGAACUUCGGCAACCACGUAGGAGACUUCGAACACCUGAUGAUCCGGUUCCGCAACGGUGCGCCAGAAUAUGUCUGGUACUCGCAGCACGCCAACGGACAAGCCUUUUCCUACGGCACCGUCCGCAAGCAGGGUCUCCGACCUUUGGCUUACAGCGCCAAUGGCUCGCACGCAAACUACGCCAUCCCAGGGAAGCAUGAUCACACCAUUCCCAAUUUCAACCUACCCGCCGGUGCGCUUGAGGAUGACACCGAUGCCGGUAUUCUAUGGGACCCGAUCCAGUCCGCGUACUGGUACCAGUAUUCCUUUGACAGAAACGGUGACAGGAACGCGGGGAGUUUCACGGCUUACGACAGCGCGUCGCCAACGGAGUGGUUGGAGUUCCGUGGCCGCUGGGGCGAUCAGGAGUAUCCUACGAGCGAUAAGCGGCAAGCGAAGUUGUUUGGCCAGGCGAAGUUUGGCAGCGGGCCUACUGGGCCGAAGGAUAAGCAGCUCGGUAGGUCAAAUGUGUGCCCUGAUAAUGGGAAUAAGUGCAUUCUGAGGACGAUUCUGGUGCCGAGGAGAGUUGGCGAUGAGGAGGAUCAGGUUCAGGGAAUGUAGACAUGAGGGUGGUAUGCAUCUGCUGGGGAAUUAUUCACCCAUCUCGGAUCAAGUAAUGUCCAUAAUAUAUGCCCACAUGAUUUUCCCAAC